AUGUCCAAAGCAGUAAAAAGAGCGACUCAAGCAGCAUUUGAGGGAAACACAUGGAAGAAGUUCACUGAUCCAUCAGUUGGUCGUGGAAAGACCGUGUUCCCUAAAAACGAGGCUGAUAAAGAACGACUUGGAAUUCGAUGGGACUACGAUGGGGAAGUCACAAAGGCUGACGGUACAUACCACAAAUUUCAAAUGCAGCCAAAUGCAGGAAAAGUCCCGGCUUCGAUAGAGGAUUGGAAAAAGAAGCAUGGGGGCACACAUGCUGUCAUGGCAACUGCAUUUGUUAAAAAGGGCGGGAGCAAAAACGACGUGAAGGAAGGACUUGAAAAGGCUGCGGACGAUGUGGAGUGAUGAGUCUGGAGAUGUCAACAGACUAUCGCAAAGGAUGGAAACGGUGUACUAGGU